AUGAACCAAGCAGGAACUUCAGAAACACAAGCUUUGAAAAGAAAUUCAAAGGAUGUUGCUUGGGAAUAUGGGAUGUUGUGUAACCCAAGUAAUCCAGAUAAGGUGAAGUGUAAACUAUGUGGAAAAUUAUUUUCUGGUGGUGCAUUUAGGAUUAAAGAGCAUAUUGCCAAGAUUCCAGGAAAUGUUUCUGCUUGUCCACUAUCAACAAAAGAUGAUCAAGAAAAGUGCAAAAAUGCUAUUGAUGAAGCUAAGAAGAAAAAGAAGAGCAAGAGGAGCUCAGAUGCUGACUUGCGAAAUUCUGUGAAGAUAUGUGAUGUUGGAGAUGAAGAUGAUGAGGCUGGUGCUGAACUUGAAGAGUUGAGGUCAAAAAAAAUUCCUCGGACACUUGGUCCCAUGGAUAAAUUUGCAUCAGAUAUCAACCCACGACUCUCUUCCGUGGAGACUAGACAACAAAAUAUCAGUGAUGCUCUUUGUAAAGAUAGAUUACAUAAAGUUCACCAAUAUAUUGGCAGAUGGGUCUUUGCUUCUGGUGUCCCCUUCCAUGCUACUGCAAACGAUGAAUUUAAGUUGAUGCUUGAAGCUGUUGGACAGUUUGGCUCGGGAGUUACGCCACCAAGUCAAUAUUUGCUAAGAGAACCUUUACUGAAAGAAGAAGUUGAGAGAGUCAAGGGUUUAUUAAAAGCUCAGGAAGAAGAGAGGAAAGAGAACGGGUGCUCAGUUUUGACGGAUGCUUGGUCCGAUAGAAAAAGAAGAAGUAUUAUGAACUUAUGUAUUAAUUGCAGAGGAGGAACCAUGUUUCUUUCUUCUAAAGACUGUUCAGAGGAGGCUCACACUGGUGAAUUUAUUUAUGAGUAUGUCAAAGGGUGCAUUGAGGAUGUUGGGGUAGAAAAUGUGGUUCAAGUGGUGACUGACAAUGCUCCAAACAAUAUGGCCGCUGCGAGGUUCUUGAAAGAAAAAAUACCAGACAUUUUUUGGACAUCAUGUGCUGCCCACACUGUUAAUUUGAUGCUUGAGAGCAUUGCAAAACUCCAAAGUUUUAAGACCAUCAUCAAGAGGGCUAAAGGGUUCACAAUAUUUGUUUAUGCUCACCACAAGACUUUAGCGAUGAUGAGGAAAUUCACAGACAAUAAAGACAUUGUUAGACCAGGGGUUACAAGAUUUGCAUCAUGCUUCUUAACUUUGCAAAGCCUGAUGGAAAAGACUGAUCAGUUACAGUCCAUGUUUGUUAGUGCUGAAUGGAAACAGUGCAAAUGGGCAAAGCAUCCUAAGGGAGUGGAAGCUUUUAAAACAAUGACGAGUAUGCAGUUUUGGAAUGGAGUAACUAUGUGUUUGAAGGUUUUUGGACCUUUAGUUAAGGUACUUAGAUUGGUGGAUGGUGAUAAGAAACCUACAAUGGGAUAUCUGCAUGGAGAGUUAUUACAAGCAAAGAAAGAUAUAUGUGCUGGGUUGAAUAACGUUCAAAGGAAUAUUCAGCCAAUCAUGACUAUCAUUGACCAAAGGAUUGAGGGUCGACUUGACAGUCCUUUGCAUUUGACGGGUUAUUUCUUGAAUCCUUACUAUUUAUACAAGGAUCAAACCAUUCCAUUACAUAACAAUGUGCUCACAAGCUUUUUCAAGUGCGUCAAUGCUUUUAUUCCCGACGACCUUUCCAAGCAAUGCAACGUCAUCAAUUCUGAGAUUAAUAAGUACAAGAACAAGGAAGAUAAUUUUGGGACACCAUGGGCUGUAAAAGGCUGUGAAGAAUUUAAAGAUGAUUAUGAUCCAGUUGAAUGGUGGAAUACUUACGGGACGUCAGUGCCUAAUUUGCAAAGAAUGGCAAAGAGAAUUUUGUCAUUGACUACUAGUUCAUCGGGAUGUGAAAGAGCUUGGAGUUCUUUUGAAGGGAUACAUACAAAAAAGCGAAACCGGCUUAGUACAAGUAGAAUGAAUAAUCUUGUAUUUGUCCAAUUUAAUACAAGAUUGUUGAACAAAAGAAAAAAACGGAAGGAGAAGAACAUUGAUAUAUUGCUGGCUGAUGAUGCUACUCAUGCUCAAGAAUGGCUUGUUGAAGGUGAUGAUGCAGAGCAUGAAUCAGCUAUGGGUGUAGGAGCUGGUGAUACAGAAGGAGCGGCAGAUGAUGAUGAUAUGGCUGAUAUUAGAGAACUGCGUGAUGAAGAUUUUAUUUCUGAUGCUGAAGAGGAAGAUUUUGCUGGUACUAAUUUGGAAUCAGAUGAAGACCAAGUUCCAAACAUGUACGGUGAAGAAGAAUAUGAUAAUUAAACUUUCAGUUGUUUUUUUUUUCAUUUUAGUUGUUCUUUUGAUUUGAGGACGAGGAUAUUUUCUACUUUAUUUAGAAUUAUUAUCAUCUUUUUAGAUGUUGGUUAUUUGAUUUUUAAGAAUUUAGUAUUGGAACCCUUUUCUUCUUUUAGUACUAAUAUUAUUUUAUUUCAUAUCAAUCA